CAAGAUACCGAGCAAAAAUUUUGCCAACAACAGGAGAAUUCAUUGCUCUCCAACUGUGUCGGGCGAAAGCAAGGUUGAGUCGACAGAGCGAGACUGUGACUAUGUAUUGCUUCAUGUGGGAAAUUAAAGAGAUAUUUGGAAUGACUUGACUGAAUUGUAAUGUAAGGUAAGAAAUGACACAGCUUGUUGUAUUCCCAAGCGAAAUUUUAGCCAACUUUGGGAGUUCUAGUCGAAAGAACUGAACGGCACUUAACAGGUGUAUACAAUGAUAUAACCCUGUUGUGAAUUAACAACGUUAGGUUAUUAUUGAACUGAAGAAGCAAAGCUUUCAUGUAUUUGAAUUGGGUAAAAGUCUUCUAAAACGCCAAGGUGGAAUUUGUAAUUGUACUGAAGAAUAUUCUUAUGAAUAGAUCUGUGAGUUUCUGGAUAACGAUCCUAAUAUCAGUGUAUAUCCUUUAUCAAUAUAGGAAAAUUAUAAUUAUUACUUCAUAGCUGGCCUCCCUUGAUGUGUUUAAUUGCACAGUCCAACACUUAUACAGAUAUGUUCAUUUAAUUUAACUAGAAUGAUUAGAUUGUACAAUUUUUGGGAGCACAGAUCACGCAUUGAGGAACAAAAUAGAAUGUCACACUAACAUGAAUUAUUUGUGGGCUUGUGCUAUCAUGAAACUAUACCAUGGAAAAAUAAUAACAAACUUCGACAUUGUGAGCGAGGUCCUUUGAUUACUAAUUUCCAUACGAUGGGCAUUCGCCUGAAAAAGAUCGAAGUUGUACUGCGUAAAUCAACCACUCAACUCGCUUAAGUUCUCAGGUUGCGUGCGACAGUUUUAGGUAGUUGUGUAGUGUAAAUUAAUCGGCCAUUAUAGAGAGAGUUUAGAUUUUGCUACGAAUAUGACUAUGAAAUUCUUUAUUUAGUGAUACACCAUCUUCUUAUAUGCCAUCAUGCAUGUAUACUAACUCCUCAUCAAUCUUGUACUCGUGCAUCAGCCAAAUUGACAAUGGGAUUUUCGGGAAAAGUCUCGUAAAAAAACAAGCGUUCACUGCGAGGUCAGUUUAACGCUACGUGCAUGACUGUACCGUAUAUAGCUUUCCAUAGCGACGUGAAAAACUGACCUAUCCGUACCUUUUAGGAACGCUAUUCUCAGAAGAAUUAUUGCAACAGAGAGAUGUUGUUUCGCUCAGCUUCUGAAAGUUGUACAUUCCGUAUUGGAUAGGUGCUUUUUCGCGCCGCUAUGGAAAGCUAUCUGUGCAAACGUAUAGCCUAUAACCAAUGUGCAUACGUAAGAAGAUGACGAGCAUGUCGGCAGACAACGAAUCUCAUAGUAUAAUCUGGAACGGUUUGCCCACUGCACCCAUAUAGAGACAAUAACAAGAUGGCUGCAUGUGGAUUGCGAGAGUUAACAAUUACCCAAAAAAUACAAGCAUGGCUUCGACGUUUCGGGCGAAGGCCCUUCCGGUUAGGAAGUUAUUUUUCAGGUAGCUAGUUGUAUCUCUCACAAUCUGAAAUUAAAAUCUAAAGCUUUCUAGUGAAGAUGUCGCUAUAAUAUACACAUUUUACAUUUUGCAACUCUCAUCGCCUCGUUUGAUCGGCGCUUUACACGAGGCGCGCUAAUUUACACGAUUUCAAUGAUUUGGUUUCUUGCACUUCACUUGGUGGAAUUAGUACUAGAAUGUUAGGGUUCGUAAUCCAAGUGAGUAUAUAUAUACAUUUUACACGAUUUGCGCUUUCACAAAUAGAAAGCUAAAGGCAAUUUUUGACACGGCUACAUCGUAUCGUAUCGUAAUUGUAAAAGUUUAUUUCAAGACGCUAGCCUCGUCAACAUAUACGUUGGUUUUCAUGAAAGGCGUCGUCAAUUUAUCAGAUACAAAGUAUUAACAAGAAAAUACGUAGAAACAAAGAAAAAACAUUUAUCAAACUGCAUGCUGAAUACAGGAGGUGAGACCCAUACAUUAACAUUAGUAACAGAAUUUUGGAUUAGUAUUUUCUUUGAAAAUAUGGAUUGAUCAUCGUGCUUCUUUUGCUUCCCGAAAUAAACCUAACAUGCAGAAACACGUUCUAGCGUUGGUUUGCGUUUAAAUUUGACGAUAACUAUCCAGUCCUAUUUCUAUCUUAAUUCAUGUUUCUAUAGAGUAUACAUAGGUAACUCAAGGCGUUAGUAUAUAUAAUUAAGAACGCGUCGUAUUAAAAUUUCCGUGCGUUUAAAUAAUUAAAAAAGCAGGCAGGUACCUGCGAUUAUACGAAGGCCGAACAGCCUAUAUACAUAUAUGCAUCGAGUUGUACGUGAGUUUUCAAUCUCAAUUUUGAAAAAAAUGCCUGAAGAAACAUUCGUAACCGAUUCAUUACCAACUGCAACUACAAUAGACCACAGUGCAUUGCGAUUUAAGACACUGCGAUAUUAAUUAUUAUUAUACAAUAGUUAUAUCAUUUGCUAGUCAAGCAAAUAUAUGCAUUCUAUAUUAGAAAAGACAGUGGAAGCUGAAAGGCUUUUAAUAUGAACAGGUACAUAUUGAUAACACUGUUGACAGGAUAAAAAAAAAUGCAAAUUAAAUAUGUGAAAUAUAUGAAAUAAUAUUUAUUUAUAUUGGGAGUUUAACAUGGUUGCAGGGAAACGAGCACACGAUGCUGAAAAAGUGCUCAAAUUUUAUAAAUCACUAAGAAAAUUCAAUCGAAGGUUUGUGUAUUGCAUUGGCAAUGGUAGAAAAGUGGUAGGAACAUUUGUCAACACGAUUGAAGAGCAUUUUAUCACACGUACUUUAUGGAAGAAUCUUCAGUAGAAACUAUAUACUUAUAUAUAUUACUUAUACAGUAUAUAUAUUCUGCUCAUUACUACUUAGAUAUCGAUUGUUGGGGCAAGAGAGAAGCUCAACAGUAACUUGCUGCAGUUGAAAUAACUUAAUCCAUUAAAGUCUCGAUCUGCCAAAAGAAAAUGAGAGACUACCUCUCAUCAACUUUGAACUGAUUCAAAUUUUGUUGAAAGUAAUUGAUGAGAGUUUUCGCCUGCACGCGAGCGGUAAGUAAUAUCCAGUCAACUCUCACGCAACUCUUGUUCUCGUUUGACCGGGGCAUGAGAGACGACAAAACUCUUUGAUGCAAACUUUCUCUUCGAGUUUGAUCAGGGCUUAUAUUGUAGCAUUUCAUUUUUUGUUCGUUUGUAGGCAUUGAUGAAACUCCAGUGAAUCAAAUGACCUCAGUGGCUGCUAUAGUCGUAGAAACAAUCAUCCUUGUGCUAAUAUGCGCUGGUGCACUUACUGGGAAUGUUAUGUUAUUCGUACUCAUUGCAAAAACCCCCGCUCUUCAAACCAAAGGAAAUGUCUUCAUCCUUAACCUAGCCGUGGCGGACUUAUUAGUUGCUGUCGCCAACAUGCCUAUCACCAUAGUAACCGUGAUAGCGGAUGGCUGGAUCUUAGGGAAGGAUGUAUGUCUGACAUCUGGGUUUUUUACCCUGCUAACAUUUGUCGCUUCAUGUAUGGCAUUGACCAUGAUCAGCGUGAAUCGCUACCAUGCAAUAUGCCAUUGGACAGCAUAUCACCACAAGUACACAAAUCGAAGAUGUGCGGUGUAUAUUGGCAUCGUAUGGGGUAUUACUAUAGGUCUAUCGUUGCCCCCGUUUUUUGGCUGGGCCAAAUUUGACUUCGAUGAAGGACAGAGCUACUGUUUUGCUGAGUGGAACCUCAGUAAAUCUUACACAUUAUUUAUGAUCGCAGCGUGCUUAUUUGGUCCGAUCAUCGUCAUGUCUUAUUGUUAUAUAAAAAUUUAUAAGUUUAAAAAGGAAAGCAGAAUUCGCGUCCAGGCCGCGGCGGGUGAUAGCUCUUCAAGUGAACUGCAUGUCGUGACAACGGCCAGGGAGCUGGUCUCCACAGCCGCUGACCGGAGUGAUCGUAAGCUCACUCGAACUAUUAUGACCCUGAUUGUUGUGUUCGCAUUGUGCUGGUCGCCUUUUGCGAUAAUCAUGAUCCUGCAAGUGUUUUUCGACGUGCAAGUACCGCGUUGGGCUGACCUCGGCUCACUUGUGCUCGGCUACAUGAACAGUUUUUGCAAUGUGUUUGUGUAUAAUGCUACGAAUAAGACGAUCAGACAAGGAUAUAGAACAUUACUCGGCUGCAAGCCGAACAGAAUUGACGUUGGUAGUUUUCAAACGACAACUUCUUAACAUGAAUGAAUAAAAAUGAAAAACACAGACCGGGUUUAGAUUGUUCUUUUCAACCUUUUGACCUGGGGCCCGGUUGUUCAAAGCUCAGAUUAGCGCUAAUCCUGGGUUAAAACAUAGUCUGUCAAGCAGGGCUUGAAUUUUAUCGCGGCA